AUGGUGUCUGCCAAUAGUGCGAUCAAACUCGCCCGGUAUGCGCAAAGACCCUAUUCUUGCACCGCGCCUACGUUGCGGCAGUCCGUGGUCGCUGUCCCUGCACUCCCUUCCCAGCACUGGCCCUCUGGCUUACAGAUUCUGACUAAUCUUACAACCCAGUCUUGCAUGAGAUGCAUCAAGGCCCACCGGGUCUGUGGCGGCUAUGAGGAUGGCGAGUUUACUGCCUUUCGACAGUACGGGCCUCAGGCUAUCGAUGAGACUUCUCCAUCUGGGUCGAGCCCGUCGACAGCGUCGACAGCGCGCAAGUGCAGCCUGCCGGCGCGUGUCCCCGUUCCCAACAGCGAUGUGCUCACUGAAGAUGCCAUCCCACCGGAGACGUCAGAAGAAGAGAGCAACGAGCUUGCCUUGAGAGCUUUUUUCUACGACUUUUGCAUCACGUCUCCCAAUGCAAAUAUCUCCAGAGGCUACUUGUCCAGUAUCGAGGCGCUGGCGCACCGUCUCGGGCCGGGGUCUGACCUUGUCAAAGCCUGCCAAAUCAUUUCGUUUGCGAGCCAUGGCAAGCCAUUGAACAGGCCUUCUUUCGUCACCAAGGGAGAAUUUCUAUACCAAGACCUUCUUGGGUCCUUGGCCAGGACUAUGAACCAACACUCGCCGGGGAAUUUCGUGGAGGCGAGGCUCAAAUCCAUGCUGCUGGGUCUCUAUCAGAUUACGAUGGCGACGGAAACCGAUUACGGCCACCAUGAGGCGCAUUGUGGCGGCUUGAUUGCCCUUAUGAAAGCCGAGCAGAUGCCUCUGUCUACUCUUAGCAUCGGUGUACUUCCUGGGCCUCUAUUUGUCGGUCCUGCACAAGGUUUGGACAGUCUGUUGAUCGGCUUUGACUCGCUGUGGACAAGACAACAAGCACCCCUUAGCGUCAAUGACUUGCGUGAGAUCAGAAAUGAGAGCAUCGCUCUUGACCAGCAAUUUGUAAGAUGGCAAAGCUCGAGAGCCAGCGGUUUCGAACCUACCACGAUGGGAUACGUUAGACAGGCCCAGUAUGGAUCUGAUGUCUCCGUGGGCUACUGGCCGGGACGCAUCGACACUUAUUUCGACUUAUACGUCGCUGGCAUCUGGAAUAUAUUCCGUGCCACACGGCUCCUUCUCAAAGCUCUCAUCAUAAAACUAUCGGACGCCGUUACGAAUGCUACCGAGCCCUGGAUCAUGCAUGUCCUUGACGUAAAUCGGAUAUUUGAGGACUUGGCCGCAUCAAUUCCGUACCAUUUGACCGAAAAUUUACAUGAGUUUCUCGGCGAACUAACAACGAGCACGGAAAUCACAGACCCAGGCCGAUCACUCGGAGGUCUACUUCUCAUGCAUCCACUGUAUGUUGCCGCCAACAUUUCACUUCUUUCCGACGCGAAUAAAGAAUACCUACGGAAGUGUCUACUGUGGAUCGGAGCGCAGAUGGGCAUAGGGCAAGCGGCCCUCUUAGCAAAUGUGAGUCAAGUCUAUUCAGCCAGCAGUGUAGAAAGAUGCCCUUAA